UCCACACGAUCCAAAAAGAUAUCGAAGCUUUACGAAUAAAUUUUUGUUUCAAUUCUCGUUGAAGAAAAAAAAGAAAAGAAAGAAAAAAUUAAUGAUCUCUGAGAAAGCUAACGAUACGCGCGUAUAAAGUCAUAAGCGAUCUCCGAACUAACCUCAAAGUUCAUGCGAAUUCGCGCAUCGAAAGGAUAUUUUCUUAUAUCGUUCGUUCGAAAUGAUAUUAUCGAUGUACUUUUAGAAUCGAAAGAGGUAAAAUGUCAUUACCAAAGUGUAUGGAGCGCGUCGUUUGAAAAAUGCAUGCGUGCACGAUCGAAAUAAAAGAUUCAUAAGGAUACUACCGAUCGUCGUCGGCGUAUGUCACGCAUGAGGCUAGAUCCUACGGCUAAUAGAUAAAACUUGUUUGGACUUGGGUCGAUGAACCGCGUUUUGCGUUAAAGUAUCGUUCCUUUUGGAAUGAUAUUCAUUGGUAUAGUUAGACGCGAACGGUUAACCACAAUGGAACGAACAUACACGUUAUCGUCGAACGUCGACGUUUAUCGAAAUGAGGAACUUUAGUUUAUUCUCCGACCUGACUUUGCUUCGGUAUUAUUUAUUAUUACUCGUCGAGUUAUAUUACGAAUUUAAUCGAUAGUAUUAAAUUGCUAUUGGUAUUUCAUUAUAACAAAGUAUUCGCGGUCUCUCGCGUGAGAAAAUCUAGGACAUAAAAUACGUAUCGGUGCUCUAACGAAUAAUAUAACGAAUUUGCGAACAAAGUAAUCACAUUGUCGGACAUCCGUUAAUGGAAUCCCAAGCGAUGUCGGACGAUUAUCUUGAAAGCUUAUAUAGAUACAUAUAUGUAACCGCAUAUAGGCGUAUAGAUGGAAUACGAGGAACCUUGAAUAAUCAGCAGUGUUCUGCUGACUGGAAAGAUAAUCGCGUGCAAGGAGAAUAGAAGUUAACAGAGAUAAAGCCAAGAGAAGAAAGAAGAGAAAUAAGGAAGGAGUCGUGUCAACGUAUAAAGGCACAGGCCUGCGUGUGUCAUCAUCUAGUAGGAUAAAGAGAGAGAGAGAGAGAGAGAGAGAGAGAGAGAGAGAGAGAGAGAGGGAGAGAAAGAAAAACAUCGACAAGAAGGAGUGGGAAAGAGAGUGGCAUCGUUUUUCAGCUUGUAUAUACUCUCUUUCUCCCGCGGUUAGUGUCGCGAACGUACUCGACCGAGAACACUUCUUCCUUUUCGUCUAUAGACUAUCGAGUCAAAGUUUUUAAUCGUUUUAGAAAAAUUCAACGUCGUUAUCAUUUCUCAACGUAAAACCGACACAGCUCGGUUUCGUCCUCGAAUGCGUCAUCGAAGAAAAUACAAAGGAAAAUACAAAGUCACGUGAUCGUGAAAACUGUCAAUAAUAAACAAUGGCGACGUUCUACGCGGGAGAUACGACUUUUUAAGGUAACGAGACAGGCGCUCGUCACCAAAUAGCAAGAGCACACGUGGGUGACUCGAUCGAUUCGUCCAGGAUGGGCUGCUGCGGGUGUUCGGACGAGGUCUCCUCCAAGGUGGAGCCCGGAACUCCGGAAAACGAAGAGAUGGCAGCGAGGAGAUCCGAGAGAAUAUUCGUAAUCGAUCGAUCCUGUACCGAUUUAAUAACUCUAAUUAUACUAAUUGCAUUGCUCGGAGGUUUCGCAUUUAUGAUAACAAAUGCGGUAAAAAAUGGAGACAUAUAUCGUAUAAUAUAUGGAUACGAUAACUGCGGUAACGUUUGCGGUCGUAUCACUCCGAGGGAAACCGAUCCAGCAUUAAGUUGCAAGGGUGGCGAUUACAAAAAUCUCCCGUACCUACAAAUGCAGAUCGAAUUAAACGGUACAAAAACUCGGCGAUGUGUCGCCAAAUGCGACGACCUGGAGUAUCAAAUAUUCUUUCUAAAUCGCUGCAUACCAAAAAAACUAACAGACACCGCCAUAUCUCUGAUUAAACGUCUCGGAUUAGAAAAUUUCUAUAAAGAAGUAUCGACUGAUCUCAGAGUAGCUUGGAGAGAGCUGAUGUAUCUCUGUCUAAUUGCGCUUGCAUUUUCUCUCGGUAUUCUGAUAGCCUUUCGUUAUAUGGUACAAUGGAUCGUUUACAUAGUUUUAAUUGGUGUAAUCGUUGCCUGUAUCGGCGGUACAACUUAUCUCUGGAUGGCCUGGUAUCAAGAGAAAAAAGAAUUGGACUCGAAAAAUACGUCGGAGAAAGAAAACUUUGAAGAAAACUCGAGUCUGCAAGCAUAUUUCGUUUACGCCAUCGUCAUGUCAGUUGUCACGGUGAUCACUCUAUUGAUCGUUUUAGUAAUGAGAAAAAGGAUCGCUUUGGUGAUGCAGCUCUUUCGUGAAGCAGGAAAGGCAGUUUACUCGAUGCCCGCUCUACUUCUUCAACCAAUCUAUACGUACCUGCUCAUUGGUCUGAGCAUGUUCGCUUUUAUUUAUUGCAUGCUCUGGAUCGAAAGCGCCGGUACCAUUUAUAAAAAUAAAACGGGGAUUCACUUUAGGAAGGAUGCUCUUUUGAUAGCCGCCAGAUGGUACAAUCUCUUUGUUUUCUUCGUCAUGUGUGAGUUUUUCCUUGGUUGUCAGCACAUGGUCGUGGCGCUCGCUGUAGCCCGUUGGUUUUUUACAAGAGAUAAGAAGAGAUUAUCGUUGACUGUGACUAAAGGAUUUGGAUAUCUCAUAAGAUAUCAUUUGGGUACAAUAGCUUUUGGUGCUCUGAUAAUCGGAAUCGUUCGUUUGGUCAGAGCUAUGAUCUCCUUCGUACAGAAUCGUUUGAAGAAGUUCGACAACGACCUAGUGAGAGGAAUUCUUUGGUGUUGUCAAUGUUGUCUUUGGUGCUUCGAGUGUGCUCUCAAGUUUCUUACUAGAAAUGCUUAUAUCGAGACAGCUAUAUACGGAUGUAACUUUUGUUCCGGCGGGAAAAAGGCUUUCCAAGCACUCUCGAGUAAUAUUUUGAGGGUCGCAGCUAUUAACAGCGUUGGAGAUUUCGUUUUGUUCUUGGGAAAAGUAUUGGUAGUUGUGUUGACUGUUAUCACUGGAAUUUAUUUGAUACAGAAGAAGGAAGGAUUGCAACAUCCCUGGGUGCCAAUUGCCCUGGCUGGGGUAUUGGCUUUUCUCGUUUCGCAUUGCUUCAUUUCGAUUUACGAAAUGAUCAUAGACUCCAUAUUCCUUUGCUUUUGCGAGGAUUGUGCGAAAAAUGACGGCAUUAGUAGGCCGUACUUUAUGAGCCGUGGACUGAUGGAGUUUGUGGAAAAUAGCAAGAAGGCGUUACGUCAGUUGGACGAAACUCAAUGAAACAACGUCCAUUGUGAUUUCUCGCUUUUCAAUUGCUUUUUUUUCUUUGAGACAACCAAAAUGAAGAACAGGAAAAGAAUGAAAUGUCUGCGACGUAUACCAAUACUGAUAAAAUAGAUUUUCUUUUUUCUUUUUUUUUUUUUGUUUUUUUUUUAAUCGUGUCGAGAGUUCUAGGAAUUUUUUGGAAAUAAGUUAAAAUGAAAGAAAUACGGACAACGCAAAUGUUAUAAAUCAUCGAACAGAGUCACAAGAGAUUUCUUUCAAUGCUAAAAAGACUGCAAAUUUAUUCCUCGAAUUUCUGUCACGUUCGAUGCUUCGCGAGAUUUCAUUGAGAUCUCGUUUAGUGCUAAUUUCUUAAUUCGCACAUCAACGAAGAUAGAUUAGGUACAAAACAUCGAUUCUUGUUCCUAAAACAUAUUACGUACAACGUAAGAGAAGAGAUCGGAACCAAAACCGGAAUCAGUAAAAGGAAGAAACAAAAGAAAAAAAAAAUGGAUCACAUUUUUAUACGACAAAGUUACAAUUUCCACAAACGCAAUACUUUUUCCAUUAACUUUAAAAGCGCGCAAAUGUUUUGGAUAUGUCUUUUAUAUAUAUAUAUGUAUAUAUAUAUUUAUAUAUUUCCCCUUUUUUCCUUCUUAAGUUAAAUAGGCAUUCGUUAAAGCGAAAUCGAUUACCUCGUUAUUCGCAAGGUAUUAUACCGCGAGAGUAUUUUAUGCUCGUUAUAUUACAUUUAAGUAUAUGUUUAAUAACAAACAGCCCAUUGUGAUCAUACAGAUUGCAUUGUAAAUAAAUAAUAUUCCAUGAAUCUAGAUACUACAAUGUAAAAGAAUAAAUUGGUAUAAUUCUUCUUGCAUUGCAUCUGCAUGUUCAUGGGUGAGAAUACGACAUUGAGACUCUGGGGAAUCGUACGAGCAUAUUGAGAGAAUGUUAUUAUUUAUACUUUAUAGAGUUACAGCUACUAUUGUUAGUGCCGUCUAUUAUUAUUAUACGUUUAGGAAAAUACAAUUCUAUACGAUUUGUUUUUAUA